AUGGCAGCUCCGGACCUCCUCCUCCCCUUCAUCCUCCUCCUACUCCACGUGGGUACUCCAGCCCACGGAGAGUACGGCGUGGUCCACGUGGUAUCGGAAAAGAAGGGUAGCAAAGACUACUGCGCCCUGUUCAGUUCCGAGUACGUCACCUUGCCCCGGGACCUCCACCAUGCCCCUCUGCUGCCCCUGCACGAUGGCACCAAAGCAUCGUGGUGCCCCAGUGAGAACACCCACCAGUCAUACCCCCGAGGCUCCAGCUCUCAGAAACCACUGAGUAAAACCACCGCCAUGGUGCUGCGGGGGAACUGCAGCUUCUACGCCAAAGGGCGCCUAGCCCAAGGGCAGGGUGCCCACGGGCUUCUCAUCGUCAGCAGAACCGGCGGCUUCCAGUGUUCAGACACCACCCCGGUGCCAGCCACCUACCAGAGCUACGGGCCGCUGCCCGAGCUGACCAUCCCAGUGGCCGUACUCCGCUACGAUGAUAUGUUGGACAUCCUGAACCAGGCCCGGGGUGGGGCCGUCAUCCGCGUGGCCAUGUACGUGCCCCUGGAGCCUGUCCUUGACUACAACAUGGUGAUCAUCUUCAUCCUGGCCGUCGGCACCGUGGCCCUGGGGGGCUACUGGGCUGGGCUGAGUGAAGCAGAACGACUCCAGCGGCGCAGGGAGCGCCGGGGCGGAGGGACCAGUGUGAGCGAGGAAGCCGAAGGGAUGGCGGAAGAAGAAGAGGAGGAGGAGGAGCCGGUGGAUUUCACGCCGGCAAUGACCGGGGCGGUGGUGCUCAUGUCCUGUUCCAUCAUGCUGCUGCUGUACUUCUUCUAUGAUUGUUUCGUCUACAUUAUGAUCGGCAUCUUCGGGCUGGGCGCCGGCACCGGCCUCUACAGCUGCCUGGCUCCUCUGGCUCGCCGCCUGCCCCUGGGCCGUUACCAGCUCAUCCUGCCGGGCCUGCAUACGUACCUGCAGCUGUCCCUCAUUCUGCUAGCCGGCCUGUGCACCGCCAUCACAGCAAUCUGGAUGAUUUUUCGUAACGAAGAGCGCUGGGCCUGGCUUCUACAAGACACGCUAGGUGUGGCCUAUUGCCUGUUUGUGCUCCGUCGCGUGAGGCUGCCCACGCUACGUAGCUGCACCUCCUUCCUGCUGGCCCUGCUGGCCUUCGAUGUUUUCUUCGUCUUCAUCACCCCAUUCCUCACCAGGACUGGCGAGAGCAUCAUGGUAGAAGUGGCCUCUGGUCCCUCGGAUUCUACCAGUCAUGAGAAGCUGCCCAUGGUGCUGAAGGUGCCUCGCCUCAGCUUUUCGCCUCUGACUCUGUGUGACCGGCCGUUCUCCAUCCUUGGCUUUGGGGACAUCGUGGUGCCUGGCUUCCUGGUGGCCUACUGCCACCGCUUUGACGUCCAGGUACACUCCCCCCGGGUCUAUUACAUGGCCUGCACCUUGGCCUAUGCUGUUGGCCUGUUGGUUACUUUUCUUGCCAUGAUUCUCAUGCAGAUGGGCCAGCCAGCAUUGCUCUACUUAGUGUCUUGUACCCUCAUCACCAGUCUAGUGGUUGCCAUCUGUCGCCAGGAGCUCUCCCUCUUUUGGACUGGUCAGGGUUUCGUUAAACCCCCUAUCCACGCCAUCAUCCGGUUACCUUCCCCUAGCAUUCGGGUGAGGGCUGAAGAGCUGUCCCCAUUGCCAGAGCAGAAGCCAGAUGAAGAUGCCGAUAUCCAGCCCACUGUUGUGGGGACCAAGGGGCCAACCGGGGAGGGGGCCAACCUUUCAGAAAGCAGCCCCAUUGGGCACUCAGAAGAGACCAUCCUGCCGGCUGAGGAUGAAGGGACCAGCACAUGCUGCCUUAGCGAUAGUUCUGAGGGCUGGAGCGAUGCCAACCUGGACCCGGAAGAGUUACCCACCUCCCCUAUUGAGACUGAUGAAGACCCAGGGCCUCUGGGCGCACACAAUGUAGCGCUGAACAACAUCCCAGAAGGCGCUGCUGCCUGGACGGGGCUCCACAAAAGAAAGGGCUUAAAGGUGAAGAAAAGCCUAUCAGCCCAGGCCUCACUCUAA